CAGUGAGUCAGCCUUGAUGUGAGAGCUGCAAUGGCCUAAGCAUCACCUGCCCACCCUCCUCUCCACCUCAAAGGCCAAGAAAGGAGAGGGAAUCUCCCAUAACGACGUUUGAACGGAGCACAUUACUAGAACGCAGAAAUACUUUUUUGGACAACUAUUUCUCCAAGGACGGUAAAGCCCUCUAGCCCCAUGUGACGGCCUGUGAAGAGCUGCCUUCCUCUGCUGGCCACCGGCUCCACCAUGGGUCCUGCAGGAAGCACACUGAGCGCUGGGCCCCUGCAGAUGCAGAUGGUUCUCUGGGGAAGUCUGGCUGCCGUGGCCAUGUUCUUCCUCCUCACCUUCCUCAUCCUUCUGUGCUCCAGUUGUGACAGAGAGAAGAAGCCAAAGCAACACAGCGGGGACCACGAGAAUCUGAUGAACGUGCCUUCUGACAAGGAGAUGUUCAGCCAUUCAGCGACCAGCCUGACAACAGAUGCCCUGGCCAGCAGUGAACAGAACGGGGUGCUCACCAAUGGUGACAUUCUUUCAGAAGACAGCACCUUGACCUGCAUGCAGCAUUAUGAGGAAGUUCAGACCUCGGCCUCCGAUCUUCUGGACUCCCAGGACAGCACAGGAAAGCCCAAGAGUCAUCAGAGCCGGGAGCUGCCAAGGAUCCCCCCAGAGAACGCCGUGGACGCCAUGCUCACAGCCAGGGUGGUGGAGGGGGACUCGGGGCCCGGCAUGGAGGGGCCCUACGAGGUGCUCAAGGAUAGUUCCUCCCAGGAGAACAUGGUGGAGGACUGCCUAUAUGAAACUGUUAAGGAAAUCAAGGAGGUGGCAGACAAAGGCCAGGCUGGCAAGUCCAAGUCCACGUCCGCCUUGAAGGAGCUUCAGGGCGUCCCCGCAGAGGGCAAACCCGACUUUGCUGAGUAUGCCUCUGUGGACAGAAACAAGAAGUGCCGCCAGAGCGUCAACGCAGAGAGCAUUCUGGGAGCGUCCAGUGACCCGGAAGAGGAAGCCCCCCCACCUGUCCCGGUUAAACUUCUGAAUGAGAACGCAAACCUUCCAGAGAAGGGAGAGGCAGAGGCAGAAGAGCAAGCUCCGGAGGGGACCAGUGGACACAACAAGAGAUUUAGUUCCUUGUCAUACAAGUCUCGGGAAGAAGACCCAAAUCUUACAGAAGAGGAGAUCUCGGCCAUGUAUUCCUCAGUGAAUAAACUCGGACAGUCAGCACACAAACCCGGACCGUCUCCGAAAGAGCCAGAGUUGACCUGCCAGUCCGUGCAGGGACCCCCUCAGAGGUCAUCCUCUUCCUGUAAUGACCUCUAUGCCACUGUGAAAGACUUCGAGAAAUCUCCCAACAGCCUCUGCACACCUCCCCCAGCAAGGAGGCCCAGUGAGGAACCCGAGCCUGACUAUGAAGCCAUACACAAUCUAAACAGAGAGGAAGAAAAGGUCCCUCUGGAGACCAAUGGCCACCUCGUCCCCAAGGAGAAUGACUACGAGAGCAUUGGGGACUUGCAGCACUGCAGAGAUAUCACCAGGCUUUAGCAACCCAGAAGUCUCAGAGCCUGUGAUCGGGACUCAUCCAGGACCACUCGGCUGUGGAAUGAUAAGAUGUCAUGUUGCUUUAGUUAACCCAAGUCAAGCACAGGGUCACAGCUGUUCCCCAGUUUCUGAAGCAGUAAGGUACGGACCCACCUGUCAGGGCAGGAUGCCAUACUCACGAGGAACCCCACAUACAUGUGACCUCCACAUCCCACAGAGGAAGGCAGCCUGUGAGGGGAAGCUUCACCGGCCAGUGCUGAAAUUCCAUCUGCCUGGGAUACCUGCCGCCCUGUGGAGCCAGGUUUCCUUCCUCACUCUCCUCCUCUGUCUGCCACCAGAGCUAAAUCAUCCUGCCUUCCACCACUUGUGACCCAGCCACGUCUGUGGUUCAUCCCAAGGAGGGUCUCCCACAGGCUUGGCACCAUCUUCCGCUGGAUGCUAGGAUGGUGAGAACAGGCCGCUGGUCCCACCGGCUUCCUAGUUCUCCCUGUUUGUCCCUGGGCUUCUGGACGAUACAGGCUAUAGAGGUUGGGGGUGGGGUGUCCCUGGAGGCUCUGGGGUCUUUUCUCCUAAUUGUGACAGCGCACUUGCAAUCUUUCCACUGUAUUUGAGGUACUUUAGAUGCUUUUCCUAUUUUUCCUGUUCAAACCUUCCCCCACGGUGUUCGGAAACCUUGUCAGAGUUUCGGAACUCCCAGUGACAACCAUGGUACUUCUGACGUUGUUUAAGCCCAACGCUCUCCCUUCCAAACAGAGCCUUAAUGUUUAUGUUGGGACCCAGACCGCAUGUGCAGACAGCAGCCAUGGUGUCUAUCCCCAAAGGGCUGCGGACAUGAAUUUGUAUUCCCAGUGAUCUCUGCUGCCCACAUGUGUGACUUUCCUAUCUUCGAUGGUAAUCUAAGAGUAAAAUGUAUACAUUUAUUUUAUUAUAUAAAUUUAUAAGAUGUUUUAUGUUCAUGCCUAAUUUCUAGAAAGUGCCAGAAAACAUAUAUUAACUAUUUUGAUUUUCUGUACGAUGAUUUAUACUCAGUUUUAAAAGGCACCGUAAAGCACACAAGCUAGGUAAUUAUGAGCAGUUUCUAUUCUUUUCUCUAACAAGUAACAUAACAUUGAAGAUUUGUAAGGACUCGGCUUUCCAGAUGGUAUCGGGAGCUUCAGAUCCAGAACACCCAGACCACUGGUGACUCACAUGCAGUGAUGACCAUGUCGAAGUGACAGACAUCACUGAGACUGUCAGUGUUAGAAAGAGAGCAAACUCUGGCUUCAGAAGUUUGAACUUGCCGAAGGGCUCAGAUAUCUCUAAGAAUCUCAGUGGUGGUGUCCACCGUGCGGUACUUGCCAGUGCAAAUUGCCUGUUAGACUUUUUUUUUUUCCUUCAUUUAACAAAAAUCAGUGGCUGAAGUAGCUCAGAUUACCAGUUCAGUCUGCUUUCAAUUCAAUCAUCCCUCUACAUCUUCUGAGGCCAACACUGGGAACUGCGUUCACUUUUCAGUCUUAGAGGAGCCUAGCCAAAGUGCAGGCAGGAAACCUUGGCACUGAUGCAGAGAGAGGCCGUUCCCGCCCCCGCUGUGACUUCUGACUCUAACCGCGCACUAACCAUGCUGUUCUCCCUCCUGUGAGACUCCCAGAAUGUGACUGGGAGGGUGAAGUGCCCAGCUGCGGCCUGUGUUCCCAUCCCUGUAUUCAUGAACUGUCCUUGUCGCUGCUGUGUGCCAGGCUUGUGGGGCUGUAAACUCUCGGAAGUGGUGUCAGUCAGCCCAGUCCACCCAUGAAGAUGCCACACAGAUCAGCGGAACCACUGCCGAUCAGACGGGAACAAGCAGGGCACCUCCCCUGCCCCAGGAGCAGCAGAGGGCAAGGAUCUUCCGCAAACACGGACUUACACCACUGUGUAUCAAUGAGUUUGACCCAAGCGUCUCCCGGGUUCCAAGGGUCCCUCUAGUACAUGGUGCUACCCCUGACACGGCCCUCCCAGCCUGGGCUGGCCACACUGCCAACCCUUCACAGGCACCUUCCAGCUCAGAAGUUUGUGCUUUAUAGAAAGUCUUACUUAGCAGGGAAGCUGGUGUGGGCGCUGAAGUAUUUAACUCUUUCUUUAAAGACAAAUUGAUUAUAAACAAUCAUGUCAUCUUGAAAUCUCGUCGUCAGAAUGUCCCCCGAGUUUCCAGACAUCGUAUGCAACAUCGUUGUAAAAUAUGCACUGAAAUCGCGCUGCUGGCUUGAGCAGCAGUGACUGAGUUGUGGCGGAGAGUACCUCGAGGGUACUUCACAAGGGACUGGGCAGAAGAGAGGGCAAGGAGGAGCUUUGCUCGGCUGAGCUCGGUACGUAAUCAGUGUAUUUAUUCCUGUGCCAUCGUUGUUGGACUCGAUUACCCAGGGUUUCUCUGCUUUGUGUUGUGGUGUUGUAACUUUUUACUCUUUUACUUGAUUCAAAAUCUGUGUUCCUGUCUGUGCUGGACAGAGCUGUGGUUGUUUCAAAGUCUUCGCCUAAAUGUUACAGAGUUUAAGCUGGUGAAAGUAAUAAUCAAAGUAGACCACGCCGUACACAGAAGCACUGGCCGCUGGCCUCCGCAGUGUGCAUCCGAGCAUACCCAGCCUAUGUGAGUCAUCCCCAAAGAAAAAUAAAUCACCAGGUUUUCCCUUUAAAUCAGAAUUGUAAUUCUGUCUAGAUUAGAAGCAGCUAUUUCUUUUUCUUUAAAUACUUUUAAAAGUCUGAAAGCAUUUUCUGCUGCUUCAUGUACUUUCCAAGUGUAAACUUUGAGAAAAGCAGGCUUUCUUAUAUGAAAUGUUCCAGAAAUUCUAAAAGAAAGUCAUUUCUAUAAAUAUGUUAGCUGCACAUUUUUAAUUUGUCAUUUUCUAAAUCAUGUCAAUAAGUCUGUAAAACUUCUAAAUAAUACAAUAAUCUUUGUGAGAAAAAAGUUUGUGAGUUUUCUACAGUAAAUCGAUGGAAUUGGAUUCUUCCGCAGUAAAUUCUAAUUGAAUACUUAAUAACAAUAGGCCAUGAACACAGAACUAAAGUCUCCCCCAGCUUGCCAGGGUGCUUUCCUUAACUUGAUUUUCACCUGUAUGAUUAGAACACUCCCUGCCUUCACCAGCGAUAAACUAUAUGUAUACACGUGUGUGUGUGUAUGUACUUAUGUAUGUAUGAUGUGUUGCUGGCUCUGGCACAGCCCUGGUACUAAUUAGCUGUGUUCUAUUAUAUGUCUGGAAAGUUUAUCCUACUGGUGUGAUAAACUUAUGUCAUAACAACAGAAUUCAAAGAAACCAUUCUCCAUCAGUUUCAUUGGAUAAUUAUGGAAUACCUUUCUGAGAUGCUUUUAUUUGGUUUUCCCAAUGAAGACAUUCAGAUUUUAAAUUGUGUUCAUAAUUCUCCCAGUGAAAAACAAUGCUGUCUGAAGAUGCCUUUGUUAUGCUUUGACUCAAUGCAUAUUCAUUCCGAGAAAAGGAUGUAAACAGGUGUGCUACUCAGUGUGUGUCAAGGAGGAGAGGAAGCCAGAAGCAGCAACAGAGGAGGCCUGAGCCUGGCUGGCAGGCAGGGCGGCCUCCUAGGUAGCCCAGGCCAGUUAUCAUGGGGGGAUCUAGUUUAUUCCGUGUGAAAAGUCGAGCAUUUGCUGCAGGGGCAGCAGGUGACGGUGGG